AUGCGCACAGCCGAUAUUCUCCUGCUUUCUACGCUCGCGUUGGCGGCUAGUGCCAACAAGCCGUCUAUGCCAACCGUUGAUCUGGGUUAUCAAGUUCAUCGCGCCAUCUCGUACAAUGAAACAAUUCGAUCCUACAAUUUCACUAAUAUCCCCUAUGCGGAGCCACCAGUAGGAGAUUUACGCUGGAGGGCUCCUAUUCCGCCUAGAGGCGUCAAAAAGGCCAUCCAAGAUGGCAGCGUUGGCAAAAUCUGCCCUCAAAUGUCUCCCAACUGGACAAUCAAUGCUGUGCAGUUUGCAACGGCGUGGGCAACGAACCAGCUGGAGUCGUACAACUUCACUGAGGCUGAUUAUAUUGCAAACAACACUCCUAUCAUCAUAGAUAAGCGAACUACGGAAGAUUGUUUGGUUCUAGACGUCGUUGUCCCUAAGGCUGUCUUUGAAAAGAAAUCCAAGGGUAAAAAGGCCCCAGUUAUAGUGUGGAUUUAUGGAGGCGGAUGGGUAACUGGAACAAAGGAAUCGUUCGGCACCCCCAAUCGCAUAAUCGCUGCUUCCCAGGCGGAUGGAAGCGAUGGCAUUGUUUGGGUUGCCAUGAACUACCGCGUCGGCUCAUUUGGCUUUCUUGCGGGACCUACUCUGCAGAAAGACGGCACAGCCAACGCAGGCCUGUACGAUCAGCGUCUUGCUCUGCAAUGGGUACAGCAGAACAUUGCCAAGUUUGGCGGAGAUCCCGAUAACGUCACAGUCAUGGGCGAGUCAGCCGGCGCAGGAUCCAUCUUGUUCCACCUCCUUUCUCAUGGCGGCAAACAAAAACAACCCGUUCCAUUCAAAAGGGCGAUUGUACAGUCUAUCCCGCUGACCGUCUCGGUUGACCCUGCGCAGCAAGAAGCCGGCUUUCAGAAGUUUCUUUCAAUCCUCAACGUCACUUGCUUGGAGGAAGCUAGAAAGCUGCCUUCGAGCACCCUCAUCGCUGCCAAUAUCCAACAGAUUGGAGCUGAGCCAUGGUUUCAUUUUGCCUUUUACCCCUCCGUUGACGGCAUCUACAUUCCUGCUCCACCUGCCAAAAUGUUGGUUGAGGGCUCAUACGCCAAGGGCAUUCCGCUAUUGUCCUCUCACACGGCUUAUGAGGGUACAAUCUUCACCGAUCCUCGGACGACCGACAAUGAGACGUUAUUUGCAGAGAUGCUCAAGGGUCUUUACCCGCUUAUUGGUGAGAAGGACCUCGACUACGUUAUGAACACCCUCUAUCCGGCUGUUUACGAUGGCUCUCACCCCUAUACAAGUGGUGUUGAACGCAACAUCUUGAUGGCGAGUGAGAUGUAUUUUGCCACAGGUCAACAAACCCUGCUUCAGGCUACUGUCAAAGAUGGUACAGACGUGUAUGCUUAUGAGUUUUCGGCCCCUCCGGCCCUCCAUGGAAGUGAUCUCGUAUAUACAUUCUACGAUGGAGAUGCAGGUGUGGAUCCUCAGGUUGCCACCAUCAUACAGCAUGCCAUUGCUGGAUUCGCAAAGUACGGAAAGCCUGAUUCUGGGCCGCUGGGAUUCACAUUCCCUCGCUAUGGAAAGGUCCCGACCACUGUUAAUCUCAACAUCAAUUCCUCAGUCAUUAUUUCCGACCCAACGUUGAAUAACAGAACAUUGUGGUUGGCACCGAAAUCGUGGUUUUAA